UUGAAAGCUUGAAUGAAAAGAUAUAAGCAUUUGAAAUAAGCUUGUUGAAACGGAUUGAAAAUCCUCUCCUGGAUUCUUUUAAUUAUUUUUUAUUUAUGUUUUUUAAUUAUCAGGUUUCAAUUUAUGAUCAAAUUAUGGUUCAUUGUUAUCCUGAUCUAUCAUGUGAUUCCAUUUUAGAGUGAUUUUUUCUCUUUUUUUAUGUGUUGUGCUGCUUUGGAUUACCUUCUAAAAAAACAACUUUAAAUUUGAUUGGAUGUUGGUUUUUUAAAGUCCACAGUAACCUUGUUUUUAUUUUAGCCAAUUAAAUUAAUAAUCUAUAACCAUGCAACUAACUAAUGGAAAUGUAAGUGAUCUUACUCCAGCUGAACAGCAACUAUUAGCCCGCAUUCGACGCCGUAAAGCUGAACUGUUGAAUGAGAUUAAACAAUUGAAAGAUGAGAUUGCUGUUGUAACGUCCGAAAUGGCUAAACUAGAGUCUCAGGAUGAGGCUAAAAUUACAACUAGGCAGAAGCAAUUGUCCAUUGGCAAGAAGCGUUUUAACAUGGAUCCAAAGAAAGGAAUCGAAUACCUUAUUGAAAAUAAUUUGUUGAAAAACACUCCAGAGGAUGUUGCUUCAUUUUUAUUUAAAGGUGAAGGCCUCAACAAGACUUCAAUCGGCGAAUAUCUCGGUGAAAAGGUCGAUUUCAAUUUAAAAGUUCUGGAUGCCUUCAUCAAUUUACAUGAUUUCACCAAUUUACUCUUGGUUCAAGCACUGAGACAAUUUUUAUGGAGUUUUAGACUGCCCGGAGAAGCUCAAAAAAUUGACAGGAUGAUGGAAAAAUUUGCUGCUCGUUACUGUCAACAAAAUCCAGGAGUAUUUUCUAAUGCUGAUACUUGUUAUGUUCUUAGUUUUGCUAUUAUAAUGUUAAACACUGCUUUACACAAUCCAAAUGUUAAAGAAAAACCCACUGUAGAAAAUUUUAUUUCUAUGAACAGAGGAAUCAACAAUGGUAAAGAUCUAUCUAGGGAGUUGCUGGUUUCUCUAUACGAGAGUAUAAAACAAGAACCCUUUAAAAUACCCGAGAAUGAUUCCAAUGAUCUCAUGAAUACAGUUGUUUUCAAUCCAGAUAAAGAAGGCUGGCUUUGGAAGCAAGGAGGAAGGUAUAAAACUUGGAAACGGCGUUGGUUCAUUUUAAAUGACAAAUGUCUCUAUUAUUUUGAAUAUACAACUGAUAAAGAGCCUCGAGGAAUCAUUCCAUUGGAAAAUGUACAAGUUCGUGAAAUCCAAGACAGAGGAAAACCAAACUGUUUUGAACUAUACUCCGCAUUAGGACAAAAUGAAGUAAUUAAAGCCUGUAAAACAGAUAGCGAAGGACGUGUUAUGGAAGGUAGGCAUACAGUUUAUCGUAUGUCUGCUUCAACUAAGGAGGAGAAAGAUAUUUGGGUUAAAUGUAUACGACAGAGCAUUAGUCACAAUCCUUAUUUUGAUAUGUUAGCAGCUCGUAAAAAGAAAGCUCAAUAUCAUUAGUAUCGUUAUAGUUCAUAAAAGGGAAUUAUUUUAUAUCCACUUUUGCUCGAAAAGAUGGUGAUAAAAGAGUUUUAACUACUUGGAAUACGAAAAAGCGAACAGUGUUUAUUUUGCUGAGAAUCAAUGCUGAGUGCGUUUUUUAUUAUGUAUACAUAAUAUUUUUGAAAAAUAACACUUUGAAGAUCAAUAGAUGGAACAUUGUCACCAUAAUCAACCCACCAUCUAAUCUCACUUGACUAUUCCAAUGACUGUGAAAGCAACUUUUUUAUGAUAAAGAUUGGACGGAAAACAGGCAACCAAUGAUGAUUAAGGAAAAAAAAACUUCAUCAAGAGGAAGUGACUUGAAAUCAUCAUCAGAUAUGUAUAUAUAUAUUUAUAAAAGAGAGAGAAAGAGAAUGAAGUGAGAAAAUUUAUGAGAGGUUAUAAACUCACAAGAGACUGUAGUUGUGUGAAAGUUUUGUCUACAAUAUGAUGUAAAAAUAAAUGCUACUCUAAACUUAGAUUUCAAGAAUCAA